GAAACCCACUUCAAGGGUGCAGAUGCGCCCACCAUGAAAAAUAAUCGGUACCCCACGGGAUUUUAUGCAAACCACACAGACAAGAAGAAGGCCAUAGUAGCUAUCCUACUCUCCAAUAAUGUCCCAUUUAUCUGCGUGGAGCAGAAAUCAGACCCCGGGGGUAGAUAUAUUCAUCAAAG